AUGAAAUCAAAUUCAUCGAUAACUUCAAUGAAAGAUUUCAAUUUAAAAUUCGGUACUGCAAUCUACUUCUAUCGGUACUGUGGGGAAUUUGGUCAGACUCGGGACACGAGUCAUAUCAUUGUGCAAACAAAUGAAAAUGAGAUCAGACAUAGAAAUUCGACAGAAAUAAAGGUCAGUACCUAA